AGAUAAAACAUUCAGCUUCCUCAAGCAGCAGCAUUUAGUGAGUGGAGUCCCUGAACAGGUGCACACAGGUUUGUUGUCAUCAUGUACAAGUCCCAACGGAACCCAGGCAGAAAUGCGGUUUUCUACAAACCAGUUGAUGUGGUGAAGGAGAUCAGAUCAGGAUACCUAUACAAGUCUCCUCCCUCGCACAAACUGAAGUCAGAGAAAUCGUGGAAGAAGCGAUACUUUGUGCUGUACAAAGUCAGCGAGAACGAACAUCUGCUCAAAUACUUCAGGAGCGCAGCGGAAAAGGAAAGGCCACUCGGAGGCAUAGACCUGACAAACAUCUCACUGUUGUACGAGAGUCCUCAACAGCACCAGAGGUGGGGGUGGAUCCAGAAGAGCUUCAAGUGUCCCCCGUCCUGUGUGCUCUUCAUCAAAGCUGGAGACAGGGAAUACUUCCUGGUCGGGGAGAGCAGUGAUGACGUGGACAGGUGGUUCUCUGACCUGUUUGACGCCCUGAAAACCCGGCCGUAUAGAUUUAUGAAUACCGAGGAAAUAACUAAUGGACACCAACAAAUUGAGGUCAUUUCAAAUCCUGUGAUACUGAGAAAGAAAUCAUCCGAUCCGACUGAGAAGCCGUCAUUUAAGAUGCGGUCUGAGUCUGAUCCAUCCUCAAACAUUCUGCAAAACAACGACAAUGCCUGGGAGCAGAAUGAAGAUGCCAGACGACCUGUGUCCGAGCCAAUCUAUGACUAUCCCAAAUCCUACUUAAGACAAGCACAAGUGAAUGGAAAUGGCACCAACAAGGAGUCACUAUAUGAAACGAUGCAGGAAAUCUCUCCGAAAGAGCGAGUCACUCGGGCAGAGGACCUUGAAGUGGAAAGGGUCACCGACAGCACCCUCAUGAGAUCUGUCACUCUUGCCUUUGACAAACUGAAGACCCAGAUUCCACCGCUGCCUUCGUUCAGCGAGGAGGAAGCUGCUGAAGAGAGAGAAGAAGCUCAUCCUUCAGACUUCAGCAGCAGUUCCAGUGACAACGGGACCAUCUCUCCUGUGGAGGGUCGAGAGCGUGCGUACACUCUGGAAAACCAAGGCUCCACUGAGAGUCUUGACCACGUCACCCCGAACGAAAGAGACAUCGAGGUCAACCAGGCAGAUUUGAAAAAACACCUGUCGCUGAUUGACGUGGAGGGGAAAACCUAUGUGUCCGGGUGGACGGGUCAGCCCCAGACCGUGUGUCUCUUCCACAAAGGAGACCAGAUUGUGGGGAUUAAUGACUUGCUCAUCGGCAACGUGAAGGAGUUCCACAUAUACAUCAGCAAGUCGCUCAAGAACCAGGUGAAACUCACCAUCCUGCGUCGACCUGGAUGUCUGCCCCUGCACUCGCCCAGCGGUCUCUGCAGUGACGCACAGGAAGCUGCGGCUGAGAGACACAGCGUGCCUUCAUCUCCUGGGUCUGGGUGUGUUUAAAAUGACUCUUUUCAGGCACUACAUAACAAGACAGUAUUCUUCCAAGGCUGUGGUCCAACCAGGUCACCAGGAUCAUACUCUUAUGUUGCACGUUGUUGUUUUUCUGCAAACCCGCCAUCACGUCUACUGAGAUGCAUAUCGACAUUUUAUAACUCUUUCCGAGCGUUUGAGGAAAUGAUGGCGAUGCUAUUCAUUUCCCGGUUAAGGCACGGUGAUUGAGUAACCUGAGGCGAAGGUCAAAUGUUGUUUACAGGUCUGUUUAGGUCUCCCUCGCUUAAGGAAUACAAGACAGUUUUACUGUGAUGAUGAUGUGAUGCGUGUGAGCCAGUUUAGCAAAUGCAACAUUUACCACAGUCUGCAGAAAAGUACAUGGCAUAGCAACGUUGUUUAAUUCCUAUUCAAAUCCUAAUCUGUCCUCCUACUAUUUAACUGUUUAGUGGAGCUAGAAGUGACGGUUAACGUUAAAAAUGAGAAAUACUUAUAUUCAUAACUCAAUAACGUUAUGCUUAUCUUCCGGGAUUGUUUUUUUUAAAUUGUGAAAUGCCCCUGCUCUGUAGGAUCAUACAGUAUAUUCUGGGAAUAAACUAUACCUCAAGAAUCUUUUUUUUAGAGAUGAAUAUCUAAUCUGGUGGGAAAACUUUAACCAGUAAAAACCCAACUCUGAAGGUAUUAAUGGACAUUUGUAAAAUUAAGAUGUCAGCAUUUGUCAGUCAUAAUCUACAAAAACCCUAUAGAUUAUUCACUUUAUUCUCUCAAAUCGCUGCUUAGUGAUUUUUUCAUCACUCCUUUUUUCCCCAUGUACAGUUAGUUUCUUUUCUACACGUGUGCACCUUUUGAAUAUGAUUUACAGUAUAUACUGUACAUAAAAACAAUGGAAAUGUAUAUGUUAAAUGUUUAAAAAAUGACAUUUAUAAAUGUUUACAAGGUCAUUUUAAGAUAACAUGAAGCACCGGCAACUAAAAAAUGGCUUCGUCAAGUCAUUUCUCAGCUUGGGACAAUGUGAAAACUUUCAUGUCGGUAUUAAUGUGACGAGGGAAAUCUGCCAUUCAUAAUAUUGUUGGGAUAAUUGUAAAAUUCUGUUUUAAAUUCUUAAAAUCUCUCAAAAACACACUGAACUGAACUUAUUUUUACCAAGAAAGGACAAUUUAGUUUUUUGCAUCACAGAUAUUACACGUGAAUGUUCAGUGAAACUUUUAAAGUGAAAAACAAGAAUUUCUUAAUAAGAUACAAAGACUGUAUGUUGGUGAAGUAAAAAAAAACAACAUAAUUUUAAAGUCAUUUAAGUGAAAUAUAAACAAUUUCUUCUUCACGAUUAUCCCGAUAAUUCACCACGAUCAACUUAUUGUCAGUGCUUUUUGACUACAUUAUGUUUUAAAAUAUCUACCCCAUUAAUCCUUAUUUAUAUAGGAUUAUAUAGUCAAGCUGGAGUUGAAGUUUUUCAAACUAUAUGAUUCGUUAUAUAUAGUGUAUACAUAGCUGAAGAUAGCACAAAAGCAUACUUUUUUUUUAGAAAAAAAUGUCUUAUUGUUAAUAUGUCUCCUCUAGUGUGUAAUAGUAUUGAAUGUAUGUGUAACAACGUUACAGGAACACACAUGAAUAUGUGUAACUUUUGGCGAUAAAGAUGAAGGAAGAGUGUCGAGUGCCGUCUGUACCUCAGGGAGAGUCUUGUGAAUUAAAAAUGCAGACAGAAUGAAUCAUGUUCCACCUUCCACCUCGGGCGAUGUUUCACCUAUUUCCUCCCUCAUUUGAAACAGAAAAUGUUAUAUUAAUAUAAAUUGGAAAGCCAGUUUUUUUUCUUUUUAGAUUACGCCGAGUGAACACAGACAACAUCAAACGCACAUUAUCUUCAAGGCCUUUUCAACCAAUGUUUUUAAUGUUAAUUACUUUUUUUUAUAUACUCUAUAUACACCAAGUGAUAAGUAUCCACUGAGGGCUCUGAGUUUCCUCCAACCCUCACAUAUAUAAAAAUAAUGUUAUCUGCUAAUAAGUACUUUUGACACGAUACGCCGUCUUUCCAAGGUCAAUGUUGGAAGUUUUUAAUGGAGCCAUUACACAGAUGUUCAUCUGAAGUCCAUUUUAUGUUGGAUUAUGAAUGUUCAGCAUCCCUUCUGAAAGUGUUAUAAAUACAAGUUGCACUGGCACGAUAAAUGUAUUGCUUGUACACGUAUUCUGAUUAAAGUUGACCAGAUUGUUGUGAAA